CCUUCUGAUAAUGGGCUAUGUGCUGUACUUUACCAGUACGCGGUCAGUUCACGAAAUCUAUUGGUACAUCUUGUUCCUCAUCCACAACCCAGAUGUAGUUGUACGCAUGCGCAAAGAAAUACAGGAACAUGUUGGGAUGAACAGAUCCGUGACUAUGGCGGACCAAGUGAAGCUUCCUUACUGCCGAGCCGUGAUGUAUGAAGUUCUGCGUGUCUCUGAUACCGUCGUCAUCCCACCUGUACACACAUUCUCAGAGGACAUCGAGGUCAAAGGUUUCACGCUGCCAACAGAUGCUUGGUUGAUGCCGGUAUUAAGCACCGUCCACCUGGACCCGGCUAUUUUUCCCGAACCAGAGAAAUUUAAACCAGAGCGAUUUCUGAACGAGAAUGGGGAACUGACUGGUUAUGAAAAGGUGGACGCUACAUUUUCGCUAGGCCCGAGAGAUUGUUUAGCCAAGAACCUGGGUAAAAUGGAAAUAUUUCUUUUCCUUACAACACUGGUACAGAACUAUGAUAUUGAAAACGAGGCCGGAAAACCCUUACCCUCUCUGGGUGGGAUGUCAAGAGGAUUUCGUAGAGCCAUUCCCUACGAAGUUUGUUUGAAAAAGAGAAACUUAAUCAACGGGCGAUAAAAGCCACAAAUUAUGCAUUUCAUGUAUUUUCUGGGUUUUUUAUUAUGACAUGCUUUUUAUUUUAUUCAAACGCACAUGAAUCAUGAAUUGGUGCGUCUGAAGCAACGUGUCUCCGAAUUUCAUUUGAAGAUGUUAUUUUCUUCUUUAUCUAUACUAUUCAUUGGUCUAAUUUCUUUCUAAUUGAUUUUGUGGAGCUAAAUCUACUUUGUUUUGAAAGAAACAUGUUUAUGCAAUCUUCUGAGGUAUAAAUGAUGACUAUCUUAAGACUUGACGUCAUGAAAAUACAACUUUUCCCCCGAGUUUUUGAAAUUGUGAUCGAAAGUGCAUAUCUUAUGGACGUCAGUACCUAUAAUGUUCCAGAUAUAAA